CUGUUAAUUUUAGUCAUCAAUAAUUUCUCUCAAUCAGCAUUUUUCAAUUCACAGGCCAAAUUCUGAUCUAUAUUAUCCAGGUAACUGACGGGACUCGUUUAAAACUGGAUCUGAACACAACUCUUUGUGGCAUGAAUAUCCAUGAUGUGUUAUUUCUUACAGUUAUAAACUCCACGGAAUCACAUGAUUGUAUUUAUUUGUACAGUGAGAGUUAAAAGCAUGUAUAAUUUUGUUUCACGCAGAUUCUGGAGAGAGACGUGCUUUCAGUGAAGCAGAGGAGGGGCCAGCGAUAGAAGCUGUUUACACACAAGAGGAAAUCUGUGAUCAGGAGUGGUGUGGAAGAAUAAUGGAGAUUACAGACCUGACAAUUGUAGCAAGUAAGGAGAUCCCUGAACUUGAACCUGUCCACAUUAAAGAGGAGGCCGUAGAGCUGGAGUGUGAUCACAUCACAGAGGAUAUUAGUAGAGAAAAUAAAGUCAAUACACUGGAGGAACAUAUAGUUAAGAUGGAAUCUAGCCAUUGUGAAGAUUAUCCUCCUGAACAGAUCUGCAUGAAACCCAAUCAGCCUGUCUCUGAAGACACUGGUUCUAGUGUUGGAGAAGAGGGCACUGUGCUGGGGUCCAUUCAGAGGAAACAUCACCCCCCUCAGGAAAGAGCUGCAGAUGGAAAGGAGGAAGGAGCGAUGCCGUCCACAAGCAGCACCGCAUCAGAUCUAGGAAGACACACCUCCACUCCAGCACCCCAGAGCAAAAUCUCUACUGAUGGGAAACUGCAGCGUAAGCAGAAACACAGAGAGUCGACACCCCAAGAUGAAUAUGUGAAGAAACUGAGAACUGACUCUGUUCAGAAUCUUUCUGCACAAGAUAGCCGACCACUUCCUGUGGGAUAUACAGUGACUCCACAUCCCGACAGUUCUGCAACCCAGGGCAACUUCAUUUCCAUACAAACUCCCCAGCAGAUUCCUUCAGAGCAGAUCUUGUAUCACUGUCCUGAAUGUGGCACCAAUUUCAGUGACCGGGGAAAGCUGAAAAUACACCAGCGUAGUCACAGAGGAGAGAAACCGUUUCACUGUACAGAGUGUGGUAAGACAUUCAGAUUUGCAAUUGGAUUGAAACUACACCAACGUAUUCACACAGGAGAGAAACCGUUUCACUGUGCAGAUUGUGGGAGGAGUUUUAAUCAGAAAUGUAACCUUCAAACACACCAGCGAAUUCACACAGGAGAGAAACCGUUUAACUGUGCUGAUUGUGGGAAGACAUUCAGAUUUCCAACUGGAUUAAAACUACACCAACGUAAUAACACAGGAGAGAAACCGUUUCACUGUGCAGAUUGUGGUAGGAGUUUUAAUCAGAAAUGUAAAUUUCAGUUACACCAGCGAAUUCACACGGGAGAGAAACCAUUUGUGUGUUCUGACUGUGGGAAGUGUUUUAAACAGAAACGUAGACUGCAAACUCACCAGCGAAUUCACACAGGAGAGAAACCGUAUGAGUGUCUAGUAUGUGGGAAGAGUUUCAGUCGGAAGGACAACCUCAGAACACACCACAUAACCCACACGGGAGAGAAACCUUUUGAGUGUAGUGAGUGUGGGAAGAGAUUUGUAGAGUCAAAUAAACUAAAGAAACACAGUCUAGUUCACAGAGAUUCAGUCAGUCAGGACACAAAAACAAUUCAGUUUACUCAAUGAAAGCAUCUCAAUCACACCAGAAUACCAAAGCAGACCCUGCGUCUCUCUCGUCGGUCUCAAAUGCAGGGAGCUGUGAAAAUAAACAAAUUCAACUCAAAAAAUCCCAAGCCUGCUGUGUAUGCAAAUGAUUGUAGCCCUGUUUCCUACAGCAGUGCUUCUGAAACUGGGAGGCACAGAAUGUACUCUGGGGGGGGGGGGGUGAGAAAGCUCAGGGAAACGUAUAGAAAUGACCACGCACAUCUUAACCUGUAUAUAUAUUAAAACAAAUGCUACUGCUGACACCUCCUGCCACACGAAGUACCGCAGACGAGAGGAAGGAUCCCAGGGUGUCAGCUUCAACAACAUUACUGGGGAGUGGCUUCCAGACCCUCACCAGUCUCUGUGUAAAAAAAGUGCCUCCUAUUUUCUUGUCAAUUUAAGGGUUCACAUUUCCAAUGACAGAUGUUAGAACAUUAGUAGCUACACAACAACCCUGCACUUUUGCAAUUACAGACGCACACAUUUCUUGGGCGAGUUCCUUCGUCAAGUAGCAGCUUUGUGGAGUUCCCGGUGAUUCUAAAGAAAAAUCUUUCAAGUCACUUUGCUGGUCAGAGAUACUUACAUCUGUCAUUGAGAAUAUGUCAUUGAAAACUUGUGCAUGAAUUGCAUUCAGAUAUAAAAGAUGAUGUAAUGGGCUUCGUAUCUUCUCAUGACGCCAUCAGAUCUAAUAUGGAGAAAAGCUUCGACAGCUUUGAAAAUCCAUUUACAAACUUUAAUACUGAAGCUAAAUGGAAUAAACAAUUAAGUGAAAGACGAGGUGUAGUGGAGCCUGUUGAGGUCCCUCUAGGAGUAAGAUUUGACAGCAGAAGAAACCGGGAUACAGGCACAUAUGAUCACGAUCCUGUAACUGAUAUGUGUAUUUAUAUUCCAUUGUUAGAAACUUUAAAGUUUAUAUUUAGGAUUCCAGACAUUUGUAAUCUUAUUGUACAACCCUGUGAACAAAAAGCUGUUUAUAAAGAUUUUUGGUGACGGCAGCUGCUAUAGAAAUCAUCCACUUUUCUCUCGGCAUAAAAAUGCAUUUCAAAUACAACUUUACUAGGAUAAAUUUGAAACUGCAAACCCAUUAGGAUCCAUGCAAGGGAUACAUCAAAUUGGAAGCUUAUAUUUUAUUCUUAGAAAUCUUUCUCCAAAUGUAAAUUCAGCACUAAUGAAUAUUCACCUUGUUUGACUGUUGCACACACAAGAUAUUAAAAAGUAUGGAUUUAAUGCUAUACUACAACCUCACGUUGAUGAUUUAAAAAUUCUUGAAAGUACUGGAAUUAAAGUUCCCUUUUCUGAAGAACCAAUUGAUGGUACAGUUGCUCAGGUCAUAGGAGAUACCUUAGGGGUGCACACACUUCUGGGGUUCAGGGAAUCUUUCAGUUCAGUUUUUUUCUGUCGACUCUGCUUGAUUGAUAAGAAAAGAAUGCGUCUCAGUCAGUAUUCAGCGACGAUGAUUCUAACAUCAUAUUAUGUGACAGAGUUUUGCAUGAACAGCAUUGCAAUGAUCUGUUAGCAGACCCUACAUGACCCUCCUCCUUUGGAAUGAAGCGAUAUUGUUUGCUGAAUGACUUACAGUUUCUUUCUCAUUUGUGAUCAUUUUGCUUUUGAUAUUAUGCGCGAUGUCCUCGAAGGCGUCCCCCAGUAUGAAAUGAAGUUGCUUUUUGGCUCUCUCUCUGACAAUGUCAUCCCUAAGCUUGACAUCAUUAAUAGAAUUCACUCUUAGAAUUAUGGUUUGUUGGAGAGAAAGAAUCGUCCAAGGUUCAAUCUAGAGCAGUCUGGCAAUGGGAUAGAGCUCAAUGCUAUGCGGGCAGCAGUGUGGAGUAGUGGUUAGGGCUCUGGACUCUUGACCGGAGGGUCUUGGGUUCAGUCCCAGGUGGGGGACACUGCUGCUGUACCCUUGAGCAAGGUACUUUACCUAGAUUGCUCCAGAAAAAACCCAACUGUAUAAAUGGGGAAUUGUAUGUAAAAAAUAAUGUGUUAUCUUGUAACAAUUGUAAGUCGCCCUGGUUAAGGGCGUCUGCUAAGAAAUAAAUAAUAAUAUUCAAACAUUCUGCUUAAUAAAAAAUAUUUCCCUAGUAUUUGGAGACAUUGUAAACGAGGAAAAUAAAAAUCGGAGCUUGCUUCUGAUGUUAUUAAAUAUUGUCAAUAUUGUUUUUUCACCAGUGAUUGCUGAGGGUAUGACAGUGUAUCUCAAGCAACUAAUUGCAGAACAUCAUAAGCUUUUCAGAGAGCUAUACCCAGAAUGCAAUUCGAUUCCAAAGCAACAUUUCAUGAUUCAUUAUCCCAGAUGCAUCAGAAAAAUAGGUCCAUUAUUGCAUUUCUGGGCAAUGAGAUUUGAGGCAAAGCACAAGUUUAUUAAAAACAGUGUCAAGAAUUUCAAAACUAUUACCAAAUCACUGCCCCAAAAACACCAAAUAGCUACACCAUACCACUGGGAGUCUUUAUCAAUAAAGACUAUUGAAUGUGGACCUCUUAAAACACGAGCUUUAAAUGAUUUUCCUGACUGUGAAAUUAUAGCAGAAAAACUGCAAAUUGGUUUGGAUUGUGACAUUAAUAUUACUUCUAGGAUUAGAUACUCAGGAACUGAAUAUCGGACCGGCCGUCUGAUUUGUAUAAAAAUAGAAGACGAAAUGACGCAGUAUUUAGUAAAAUAACUGGAAUUGUUUGAGAAGCUGAACAGUAUUUUUUAGUGGCAUCUGAAUUUGAAACAGUUUGUUUUGUAGAACAUCUUCAUUCAUUUCAUGCAGGAGGAACUCGGAAAAAUGUUCCAUUUGAUCUUCAGACUUCAUAUGGCUUUGAAGAACCUGAUUUGCAUGCGGUUCCAGUGAGUUAUUUAAUGUACAUGCCAACCACAACAUUGUAUUUUGAUUUUAAGUUCUAUAGUUUUGGAAUUGAAAUAAGUAUUGUGGCACUUUGAGGGCUGGUUAUGCAAUGGGAAUUUCUAUAAAUAUGGAGAUAUAAAGAAAGAUGUAAAUAUCACUCCUUCCACAGAAGGUGCAGGUUUGUCACUGCUUCGAUUGAAUUGAGGAGAUUUAGAAAACGCAACCAAAAGUGUGUUCACAAAGAACGUCCAAAAUAUGAGAUCCAAAGGCAACCAAACCACUCACCGUGGACACAAACUUUUGGCUGUGAUGUCAAAAUCUCCCGAGUUAAAGUGAAACAGUAACAAAAUGUCAUGUUCUGGAGUUAAAUGCAUUUGUGUAAAUUAUUAAUUGGGCUACAGAAAUAUUACAAAAUAACCCAGGAUGGCAGUGAGGACAUUUUGAUUCAUAAAAUGAUAUUCAAGUGUACUUUUUAUCCUUUAACAGCAGUUAUUCUUGUGGAUGAACACUGUUGUCUAAAAGUAACUGACAUCCAAAAAUUAUAAACUGUACUUGGUGUCCAAAAGGUGUAUUUUGUGAAAUAAAUGCUUUGAUUUAAUAGAG